UUUUGCAGGAUUGCAAUAUCUUUGUCACUCUUCCAAAAAUUGUAUAAGCACGUGCUUAAUUCCGAGCUUGUAGCUAGCUAGGUUCGUUAAAUAAUAAUGCAAAAUGCAAAUAUGUUUAACGUGGUUGUGAAGUAGGGGUGCUUACGUGAGACGUGUUUACGUAGACGAUCUGUGUGAUUAGGAAUCUGUAAACAAUAUUGCAGAUGGAGAAGGUGUCGUGAUGUUGGGGUUCUUACGUGAGACGUGUUUACGUAGAAGAUCUGUGUCAUUAGGAAUCUGUUAACAGUGUUAAUGCAGAUGGAGAACGUGUUGUGAAUCGUGAUGUUGAUGUUGGGAUCGGGUCUGUUAUUCUGUGUUAAUCCGUAUCGAUGUUUCUCGUGUUUUCAAAAGUGACAAGAAGGUUGUUUUAUACGGGUUGCGCUAGCUCCUACCAUGGCUAAAGGGAUAGAUCUGUUCUCUCAGCAGCUUGUCGAACGGGUAACCCUGGUAAAGGAAACUCAGGAGUCUCAGCAGAAACUUCUUGAUGAGCUUGUGCAACAGAUGAGUAACCUGACUUCCAGCUUCGACUCUUUCACCCGAAUGCAGUCCAAGACUCAAGAUAUGAUCUACUCUUCCGAAGGUUCGGUUUUUGAAGGCAAAUUAGGAUCAUGCAUUCAGAGGAAAACUGAUCAUCCUUGGUUUGAUUUUCCUAAGUUCAACGAGAAGGAUCUUCCAGGAUGGAUAUACAGGGUCAAGAACUACUUCGUUUAUCACGAAAUUCCACCCCAAGACUGGAUUUUGAUCGUGUCAUUUCAUUUGGAAGGCCAGGCUCAGGCUUGGUACAGAUGCAUGGAGACCAGCUCGUGGGAGAUAAUGGACAUGAGUUGGGAGGACUUUGUUCGAGAAUUUGAAGCCAGGUUUGGGGCAAUAUUAGACGAUCCUUUUGCAUCUCUCACCAAACUUAGACAAGUUUCUUCAGUGGAAGAGUAUCUGCAACAGUUCGAGGUGCUUGCUUGCAGAAUCAAGGGAAUAUUGCCUCUAUCCUUCAUUAUCAGUUGUUUUAUAAGUGGGCUUAGAGAAGAUAUUCGGCUUUCUGUAAAGAUGUUCGAACCCACUAGCUUGUCUGAUGCCUUUUGUUUGGCAAGAACCCGAGAGGAAGUAGUGGUUGCCAAUCGACUCAGGGCUCCUGUGGGCUAAAAAUCAAUCAUGAUUUUGAAUUAGGGCUUUUCAUUUGACCCAAAACAAUAGAGAGGCUUUGGGGUCGAAAUUGUUUUCCAAAAAUCCAACAACAGUGGGAAAGAGGUAAAUGGAGGUUUCCGGCAACCAGUCUAGACUAACAAAAUGCAGUACACAUCACGUCACUGUCACUAUGAUUUCUAGUCGCAACUUUACAAUCUAUUUUUAGAUUGUAUCAAAACCGCUUCAAUUAACUUCCUUUAUGAGAAAUGGGUAGGGUUCAAGGCAUUGAUCCCACAUC